GCGAGGGAGAGAGCCUGUCGACAAAAUUCAUCCUUUGGUAUCCAGAUCUGAUAAUCGGACGAGCAGCUGACCGGCUCGUGUGUUCGUUCAAUAUGCUCAAAUUUGGGCUUAAGUGCUACAAAUUCCUUCACGAUCCCGACCCUGGACCUCAAGUGCGCUACGGGAAUCAUUGCUUUGGUUUAUUGACACCUGGAGAGGCUGAGCUCGUUUGUCCAAUCCCUCGAUUUGCUUGAAUUCCGUGCUUCGCAAUGCGUGGGUCUGCGCUCGGGCUCAAAGCGGCCAUCUAUCGCCACAGUAUGGGGCUCGAAGAGAUCCUCGGACUGAUCGUCGGACACGAGGGUGCCCAGAUUCAGAACAUCGCGCUCGGAUGCUUUGCUCCACGGACCUACUUUCAAACCUCCUGAUUCAGACGAAGAUGAGGGUGUGGACGAGGACGUGUCAAACCACGGUGGCUGUGGUAUGCGCCAACUUGAGUGAUGGUUCAGUGUGGGUACCAUGAUGCCCGUGGGAUCGACAUUCACCACACGUGGUUGUGAUGAGGCAGAUCUUGAAGGUGGAGUCAAGGAUGAUCUCCUGGCAUGGUUCCUGCAGCUCCAGCAGAAUUGAUUUUGCAGAAGGGUUUUGUUAUAAGGUCAGUCUCAAGGCUUCAUCAAUACAGUACAGUCUCGAGUACAGGAUUUUGCAGAUGAGUUCAACCGUUGGAUCAUACCAGGCGAUUGCUUGCGCAGGAAGCUAUCAACAGUUAUGUUUUGUGUAGUUUUUUUGUAUAAAUAGAGGAGAAUGAAGGUAGGGAUAAAUGUAACUUCAUUCUCAUUUUCAAUUUUAGAACAAACACUUUUGAGAGACAAAUUGUAAGGGAAACACAAUUUGGGGAAAAGUGAGUACGAGUG